CAGGCGCGGCCGGCCCGGGAAGGGGGAGCCCAGCGGGUUUCCCGGCAGCGGCGGGUUUCAGGGAACGUCCCCGCUCGGGGUGUGCUCGGCCCGGGUAGUGUCAGGGUGGACAAGUUUCUUAAGAAUGCACAGUGAGAAGACUGCAGUCAGGUACUAUGUUGGGAUUGAUGUUGGCUCGGCGAGUGUUCGAGCAGCUUUGGUCGAUGGCUGUGGGACAGUGGUGGCACACGCGGAGCAGCCCAUCCAAAUUUGGGAGCCCCAGCCAGACCACUAUGAGCAGUCCUCUGCAGACAUCUGGGCUGCCUGCUGCUCAGUCACAAAGAAGGUUGUCUGUGGAGUGGAUGCCGCCCAGAUUCGAGGGGUUGGUUUUGAUGCUACGUGUUCUCUUGUUGUUCUGGAUAAACAGUUCCAGCCUUUGGCAGUCAACUGUGAAGGACAGAACCAUAGGAAUGUUAUUAUGUGGAUGGAUCAUCGUGCAGUGAGUCAAGUCGAGCUCAUCAAUGCAACAAAACACAGAGUUUUGAACUAUGUAGGGGGAGCAAUGUCUGUGGAAAUGCAACCACCUAAACUGCUGUGGAUAAAGGAGAACUUGCAGGAAUCCUGGGAGAAGGCAGGCUACUUCUUUGAUCUUCCGGAUUUCUUGUCUUGGAAAGCCACAGGUGUCACUGCAAGGUCCCUCUGUACAGUCGUGUGCAAGUGGACGUACACGUCAGACAAGGGUUGGGAUGACAGCUUCUGGAAAAUGAUUGGCUUGGAAUGUUUGGUGAAGGAUAAGUAUGAAAAAAUAGGAAACCACGUCUUGUCUCCUGGAGAGGCCGUUGGAAAAGGUCUAACGCCAGAAGCUGCCAAAGAUCUGGGUCUCCCCGAAGGGAUUGCAGUGGCAGCAUCUCUCAUUGAUGCACAUGCUGGAGGACUAGGAGUAAUUGGAGCAGAUGUGAAAGGACAUAACCUGCCAUGUGAGAACCAGCCGAUUACAUCCCGAGUUGCAAUGAUCUGUGGAACAUCUUCGUGCCACAUGGGGGUCAGUGAAAAACCCAUUUUUGUUCCUGGUGUUUGGGGACCAUAUUUCUCUGCAAUGGUACCUGGAUUGUGGUUGAAUGAGGGAGGUCAAAGUGCUACAGGAAAGCUGAUCGAUCAUGUGGUCCGAGGCCAUGUUGCCUUCCCGGAAUUACAGUCAAAAGCUGCAGCCAGUGCUCACAGCAUAUAUACAUACUUGAACAGUCACCUGGAUCUGAUUAAGAAAUCUUUGCCUGUGGGUUUCCUCACUGUUGAUUUACAUGUUUGGCCAGAUUUCCAUGGUAACAGAUCUCCCUUAACAGAUCUGACACUAAAGGGCAUGGUUGUUGGACUGACAUUGUCCCGGGGUCUGGAUGAACUUGCCCUUAUCUACCUGGCCACGAUCCAAGCCAUUGCUUUAGGAACAAGACAUAUUUUGGAAACGAUGCAGGCUGCAGGACAUGAUAUCAACACGCUGUUUCUGUGUGGUGGGCUGAGCAAGAACCCUCUCUUUGUGCAGAUGCAUGCUGACAUUACUGGGAAGCCUGUUGUCCUGUCCAAAGAGGUGGAGUCUGUUUUGGUGGGUGCUGCUAUUCUUGGAGCUUGUGCUUCUGGGGAUUUUGCAUCUAUACAGGAGGCCAUGGCGAAAAUGGGGAAAAUUGGGAGAGUUGUGCAGCCCAACCACGAGCACAAAAGAAGGGGAACCACCAUGUCAUCAGCUGCUCCAAGUAUCCUGCAGAGAGGCCCAGGCUUCACAUCAAAUGGAGAAGACAAGCAUAUGGUGGUUCCAAAGAAGCAAACAGCAACUCUGAGGAAAAAAAUCCACGAGACACCCCAAGGUGAAGAUUCUUCACAAGGCAAGAGUCAGGAACAGCAGCAUGUCACACAGCUGCAGACCUUCAACACUGCUGCACCUUGCAGAGAUGUUCAGGACCUGACUAAUGGGGUUGCCAUGGCACAAGUGCUUCACCAGAUAGACGUUGCUUGGUUUGAUGCCUCUUGGCUAAAUCGCAUUAAAGAUGAUGUUGGUGACAACUGGAGAAUAAAGUCCAGUAAUCUGAAGAAGAUACUGCAAGGAAUUAUGGACUACUACCAUGAGUUCUUGGGUCAGCAGAUUUCAGAAGAGCUUAUUCCAGAUUUAAACCAGAUAUCUGAGAACUCAGAUCCCACUGAACUGGGCAGGCUUCUGCAGCUUAUUUUAGGUUGUGCAGUCAACUGUGAGAGGAAACAAGAACACAUACAAAAUAUCAUGACCCUUGAAGAGUCUGUUCAGCAUGUUGUCAUGACAGCCAUUCAAGAGCUCAUGAGCAAGGAAGUAACGAGUCCUUCCACCUGUGAUGCAUCAAGUGAAGUGGAACAGCAGCUUAAAAGAGCCUUGGAGGAUCUUCAGGAAGCGUUAGCAGAAAAAGAAGAGUUGGCACAAAGAUGUCAAGAGCUUGAUUUGCAGGUAGCUGCCCUCCAGGAUGAAAAAAACAGCUUGAUGUCAGAAAAUGAGAUUAUGAAUGACAGACUAGAGCAAUUAGACGACUCUCUUGAUGAUCCAAAUACUGUGGUGGCAAAAAAGUAUUUUAAUGCACAGUUGCAGCUGGAGCAAUUGCAAGAAGAAAACUUCAGGCUUGAAGCUGCAAAAGAUGAUUAUCGUGUCCAUUGUGAAGAUCUAGAAAAACAACUGAUUGAACUGCAGCAUAGAAACAAUGAACUGACCUCUCUGGCAGAAGAAUCUAGAGCCCUGAAAGAUGAAAAUGAUAUUCUUAGGGCUACUGCAGACAAGGCAAGUAAGCUGGAAUCAACUGUGGAAGUGUAUCGGAAGAAGCUGCAGGAUCUGAACGACUUCCGCAGACAGGUCAAGUCGCUGCAGGAGACCAACAUGAUGUACAUGCACAACACAGUCAGCCUGGAGGAUGAGCUGAAGAAAGCCAACGCAGCACGAGCCCAGCUGGAGACCUACAAACGACAGGUCCAAGAGCUUCAUAACAAACUGUCUGAAGAAUCCAAAAGAGCUGAUAAGCUGGCAUUUGAAAUGAAGAGACUUGAAGAAAAACAUGAGGCUUUAAUCAAAGAAAAAGAGAGACUGAUAGUGCAGUGUGAUGCAUUAAAAGAAACAAAUGAAGAGCUCCGGUGUUCACAGAUGCAGCAGGAUCACCUGAGUCAAACAGGUGGCUCUCGUGUUAAAAGCCAUGAGAAUCUUGCUGCUGAAAUUCUGCCAGUGGAAUACAGAGAAAUGUUUAUUCGGCUGCAGCAUGAAAAUAAGAUGCUCCUGUUGAAACAGGAAGGGUCAGAAAAUGAGCGUAUUGCAGAGCUCCAGGAACAGCUGGAGCAGAAGCACCGGACAGUGAACGAACUGGAAACUGAGAAAAGGCUGAAUGAAGAGCGUAUUGGGGGAUUACAGCAGCAGAUUGAAGAUCUGCAAAAGACUUUGCAGGAGCAGGGAUCUAAGACUGAAGGAUCCAGCAACCUGAAGCAGAAGUUGGCAGCACACAUGGAAAAGUUGAACGAAGUUCAUGAUGAGUUACAGAAGAAAGAGGCUGAUCUUGCAGAGCUCCAGCCUGAUGACAGUCAGAACCCCCAGAAGAUUGGAGAGCUGGAAGCAGCUUUACGAAAAAAAGAUGAGGAUAUGAAAGCAAUGGAAGAAAGAUAUAAAAUGUACCUUGAGAAAGCAAGAAAUGUGAUAAAAACCUUAGACCCCAAGCUAAAUCCAGCAUCAGCAGAAAUUAUGUUGCUCAGAAAACAGAUACUGGAGAAAGACAAGAAAAUUGAAGCACUAGAGAAUGAAUACAAACUGGCUAAGCUACGUGAUUAUGAGGAAAAGCUAAUUGUAACUGCGUGGUAUAACAAGAGCCUGACUCUGCAGAAGCUGGGUAUGGAAGCAAGGCUGGUUGGCAGCAGUGGUGCCUGCAAAGAUGGGCCUGGACGCUCCUUCCUGGCUCAGCAACGUCAUGUCACCACCAGCAGGAGGAAUCUCACUGUUAAAGUACCGGGGGCAACAUCUGAUUAAACCACAAGGACCAUGAGGAAAACUUACCUGCUAAAGUGUCCUUAAAUGUUUUAUAGCUUCCACUUUACUUGAGGAAAGGGGAGGUUAGAACUGGGCAGCUGCAAAUUCAACAUCAGAACUAUCAAGGAGUGAUUGAUUUGAUCAGUGGUGUGUGUGGAAGGUAGCACGUAGUUUUCCAAGUAGAUUUGAUAACUGCAGUACCUAUUUACAAGCACAACGUAAAAGAUUUAUAUUUGCCUUCAGAUUAUAUUGUAAAUAUGAAAUUUGGCACUAUAUAUUUAAAACUUUAUUUAAUGGGUUUGGGCUAGAAAGUUGACUUUUAUAAUGGGAAGAUGUUAUGCAAAAACUUACUUCAGGAAACUGGCAAUAUUGGGCAUUUUUGCUGGGCUCUUCUAAAAAUAGAUUUAAAAGAUUGGUACCAUGUUUUAAAAUAAUACAGGUUUUUUUAGAAUAGAAAGUACAGUUUUAAAUGCAAGAAAAUACUUGCAUUUAUAGAAAAAGAAAAUAAAGGUAUAGUACCAGUACAGAAGACAGGAUUUGUUUCGUAAGAAGCAGAAUUACUCAGUUUAGGAAAAAAAAAAGCUUAACUUUGUGCAUAUACACACUAAAGAAAACCUGUCUUUAAAAUGCUGAAUUCACUUAAGCCAAAAAAGCUUGUCUUUUCCUGUGUAAGA